GGUGUGAAUAGAUUUUUGACGAAAGUUGCCUUUAAGUACUUUCACCCCAUAAAAGCUAGGUAGGGUUUUCAAUUUUCAUCAAUCCAUCCACCUCCAAACCCAGCCCAACCAUGUCAUCCUCAUCAAAAGUCAUCGUUCUCAAAAGCUCCGACGGAGAAACCUUCGAGGUCGAAGAAACAGUAGCGUUGGAGUCGCAAACAAUCAAACACAUGAUCGAAGACGACUGUGCCGACACCGUUAUUCCUCUUCCUAACGUCACCAGCAAGAUCCUCUCCAAAGUUAUCGAGUACUGUAAGAAGCAUGUUCAGGCCGAUGAUAAGUCGCCUGAUGAAGAUCUCAAAUCCUUUGAUUCUGAGUUUGUUAAAGUCGAUCAGGGCACUUUGUUUGACCUUAUUCUGGCUGCUAAUUAUCUGAACAUCAAGAGCUUGCUGGAUCUGACAUGUCAGACGGUUGCCGACAUGAUAAAGGGGAAGACACCGGAGGAGAUUCGCAAGACGUUUAACAUCAAGAACGAUUUCACGCCGGAGGAAGAAGAGGAGGUUCGCCGUGAGAAUGCCUGGGCUUUUGAGUAAAUCAAGUAUGCUAAAUUUAAUUUUAUAAUGCUAAAUCAAGUAGUAGUGGUAGUAUAUAAUGUUAUGGUUAUCUUAGAAAACUGCAAGCAUCUUCAAUGUGAUCUCUGUUUGAAUUCUACCGUUUGACUGAUAUUUCUGCUUCAAACAUAGUCAAAUGUGAUAUUUGUUUGAAUUCAAUAUCAGUAGUUUUUUUUUUU